AUGAUAUGUUGUGUUGGGUGGUUAUUGGUAGUGUACUGUCGCAAAUAUGCCAAAUCUGAAAGGGUUCUUUUCCAUUAUAAUGGUCAUGGUGUACCUAAACCAACUUCCAAUGGUGAAAUUUGGUUUUUUAAUAGGACACAGUAUAUUCCAUUGCCUAUCAACGACCUUGACUCAUGGCUCAAGACUCCCUCCAUAUAUGUUUUUGAUUGUUCUGCUGCAGGGAUGAUUGCCAAUGCCUUCAUAGAGCUCCAGGAUUGGACUCCCUCAAGUUCUUCUUCAGGAACUUCACCAAGAGACUGUAUUCUACUUGCAGCAUGUGAAGCACAUGAAACCCUACCACAAAGUCAUGAGUUUCCUGCUGAUGUCUUCACUUCGUGCCUUACAACUCCCAUCAAGAUUGCCUUAAGAUGGUUUUGCACUCGAUCAUUACUACAUGAAUCACUUGAUUAUUCACUUAUAGACAGGAUACCUGGGAGACAAACUGAUCGUAAGACACUUCUUGGUGAGCUGAACUGGAGGUCAUCUGCCUUUGUUUAUUAUUCACUUGAUUGUUCUCCUGGAUGCCACCAGCCUUCUCCUAAGGGGAUGGUUCUCGGGAGUUUAAGUGGCCACGCGAGCCCUAUAGAAUCUGUAACUUGUGAUUCAACCCAAGUGUUGGUGGCUGCUGGAGGUUCUUCUGGUGUGGUAAAGCUCUGGGAGUUAGAAGAGACAAAGGUGUUUAGAACACUUAAUGGACACCGAUCCUACUACACUGCCUUGGAAUUCCAUCAUUUUGGUUCAUCAGAUAGAACUGUGAAAUUUUGGGAUUUGGAAACCUUUGAAUUGAUUGGAACAACUCGGGCUGAGGAAACAGGGGUACGAUCAGUUGCAUUUCAUCCAGAUGGAAGAACACUCUUUUGUGGAUUAGACAACAGUUUAAAGGUGUAUUCAUGGGAGCCUAUAAUUUCUCAUGAUGCUGUUGAUAUAGGAUGGUCAACAUUGGGUGACCUUUGUAUUGAUGAUGGGAAGCUUUUAGGGUGA